UGGAGAUUCGAAUUCGCGGCGGCUCCUCACUCGCGGCGCUGGCGGGGCCGGGGCCGGCGUGUCCUCUCGCCAUGGACAGCCCGGAAAACGUCCUGCAAAUGUUUGAAGCCCACAUGCAGAGCUACAAGGGCAAUGACCCACUUAGUGUAUGGCAAAGUUAUAUGCAAUGGAUAGAAGAGAAUUUUCCUGAGAACAAAGAAUACUUUACAACUCUAUUAGAACGUUUAAUGAAGGAAUUUUUAGAUAACAAGAGAUACCAUAAUGAUCCAAGAUUCAUCAAUUAUUGUUUAAAGUUUGCUGAGUGCAACACUGACCCUCAUCAGUUUUUUGAGUUUCUGUACAACCAUGGCAUUGGGAAGCUGUCCUCUCCUCUGUACAUAGCCUGGGCUGAGCAUCUGGAGGGCCAAGGACACCUGCAACAUGCCAGCGCCGUCUUCCGGAGAGGAAUUCAAAACCAGGCAGAACCUAAAGAGCUGCUGCAGCAACAGUACAGGUUAUUUCAGACACGUGUUACCAAAACCCAUUUGCCAGCUCAAGCUAGAACCUCAGAACCUCUGCAUAAUGCUCAGAUUUUAAACCAAAUGAUGACAUCAAAAUCAAAUCCAGCCUGUGUUUCUAAGAAUCAGGGUUCAGAAGUUUCUAAAGUAACAUCUUCAGCUUGUGAUAAAGAGUCGAAUAUGGAACAAAGGGUGGUCGUGAUUUCUAAAUCAGAAUACUCUGGACAUCCCUCUCUGACAGCCAAAACUGACAUUCAGCAGGUUGUUAUGUACUGCAAGGAGAAGCUCAUUUGUGGAGAGUCAGAAUUCUCCUUUGAAGAGCUGAGAGCCCACAAGUACAAUCAACGGAGAAAGCAUGAGCAGUGGGUAAAUGAAGACAGACAUUACAUGAAAAUGAAAGAAGCAAAUGCUUUUGAAGAACAACUACUGAAAGAGAAAAUGGAUGAACUUCAUAAGAAGUUGCAUCAAGUGGUAGAGACAUCCCAGGAGCACCUUCCUGCUUUUCAGGAAAGUCCUGAGGUUAAUCCAGCAUGCGUGGGGCCAAGUGUCGACUCCCAGCAGGAACUGAGCACUCCAUCUCUGCCAACCAUAACUCAGCAAACCUCAGAGGACAUGGGAGAGAAACCCAGACAGGCACCUGCUGCUGUUCCUCCUGAAGCCAAUUCGGUCACUGUGGCUUUGGUGUCCCCAGCCAUCAGCCAGAGUGCAGCUCCUCCUGCUCCUUUGGCAGGCCAGCCAGGGACAGACUCCAUGUUUUCAGUGGCCGGAAAUGAUGCCAGAUGUGUGACUAGAACUACUCAGGAAUUCAAGCCACAGAGCAGAGCAGAGAUGAAAGAAGGGUGUGAAACACAUAAGGUUGUUAACACAAGUUCUUUUCAUACAACUCCAAACACAUCCCUGGGAAUGGUUCAGGCAACACCAUCCAAAGUGCAGCCAUCACCCACCGUGCACACAAAAGAAGCAUUAGGGUUCAUCAUGAAUAUGUUCCAGGCUCCUACACUUCCUGAUGUUUCUGAUGACAAAGAUGAAUGGCCAUCUCUAGAUCAAAAUGAAGAUGCAUUUGAAGCUCAGUUUCAAAAAAAGGCAAGAUCUUCUGGAACUUGGGGAGUCAAUAAGAUUAUCUCUUCUUUGUCAUCUGCUUUUUCCGUGUUUGAAGAUGGAAACAAAGAAAAUUAUGGAUUACCACAACCUAUAAACAAACCCACAGGAGCCAGGGCUUUUGGAGAACGCUCUAUAAGCAGAGUUUCUCCAAGACCAAAGGAAAUACCUCAUGCUGAAGAGUUUUGGGAUGACUCGACAGUAUGGGGCGUCCGCUGCACCAAGACGCUGGCACCCAGUCCUAAGAGCCCAGGAGACUUUACAUCUGCUGCACAGCUUGCAUCUACUCCUUUCCACAAACUUCCGGUGGACUCAGCACACGCUCUGGAAGAUAAAGAAAAUAUGAUAGCAGCACAGUGCACCCAUGUGACUUUGGAUUCAUGUGAAGAAAACGUGGUGCAACCCUCAAAAGACAGAAAGUUCAGUCCAAUUCAAGAGAAAAGCCCAGAAGCAGCAUUCCCCAUCAGUGCAUCUUCAGCAUCCUUACUGCAUCCGAGCCAGCCAGCUGCAGGUGGCAUGCUGACCAGCGAGGCAGAGCAGAACCUGAAAGCUUGUACACUCACAGAUACUAACCUUCCUGUUGUGCGGGAGCCAUCGGACACCAGUGCUGGACUCCAGGCAGAAUGGGUGCAGCCUCGGUCACUUGGGAGUGUCGAUACUGCAAGCUUCACUGUUGAGAAUCCAUGGGAUGAUCGAUUGAUUUUCAAACUUCUGUCCGGGCUUUCUCAACCAGUGCACUCCAGUCCAAAUGCUUUCGAGUGGCAGUGUAAACUUCCUGCCAUCAAGCCCAAGACUGAGUUUCAGCUGGGUUCUUUGCUGGUCUAUAUUGAUCACCUUCUUGGAGAAGGCGCUUUUGCCCAAGUUUAUGAAGUUACCCAUGGAGAUGUGAAGGAUACCAAAAGUAAACAGAAAUUUGUUUUGAAGGUCCAGAAGCCCGCCAAUGCCUGGGAAUUCUACAUUGGGACCCAGCUAAUGGAGAGACUAUCACCCAGUGAGCGACACAUGUUUAUCAAGUUCUAUUCUGCCCACUUCUUCCAGGAUGGCAGCGUAUUAGUGGGAGAUCUCUACAGCUAUGGAACAUUACUGAAUGCUAUCAAUCUCUAUAAAAACACCCCUGAGAAAGUGAUGCCUCAAGCUCUAGUGCUUUCCUUUGCUAUAAGAAUGCUGCACAUGAUUGAACAAGUCCACAGCUGCGAGAUCAUCCAUGGAGACAUUAAGCCAGACAACUUCAUACUUGGAAGCAGAUUUUUGGAACAGGACAGAGAAGAUGAUAAUUUAUCUGAUGGCUUGGCACUUAUUGACCUGGGUCAGAGUAUAGAUAUGAAACUUUUUCCAAAAGGAACUACAUUUACAGCAAAGUGUGAAACGUCCGGUUUUCAAUGUACUGAGAUGCUCAGUAACAAACCGUGGAACUACCAGAUUGAUUACUUUGGAGUUGCUGCAACCGUGUACUGCAUGCUUUUUGGCUCUUACAUGAAAUUGAAAAAUGAAGGAGGAGUCUGGAAGCCUGAAGGUCUUUUUAGAAGGCUUCCGCAUUUGGAUAUGUGGAAUGAAUUUUUCCACAUCAUGUUGAAUAUACCAGAUUGUCAUCAUCUUCCGUCUUUGGAUUUGUUAAGGCAGAAGCUAAAGAAGAUAUUUCAACAACACUAUACAAACAAGAUUAAGACCCUCCGUAACAGGCUAAUUGUACUGCUCUUAGAACAUAAACGUUCUCGAAAAUAAGACACAAGCACUCCUGAAAAAUCACGUUGUAAAUGCUGGCCUGCUCACUUUGAGCCUUCAUGUUUAUUGUUUGUGUAAAUGUUUCUUUCUUUUUGUAAAUGUUUCUUUUUUAAAAGUCUAUAAAAUAUAUUCAUGUGAGCGCUUGGUUAUUGUCAAUAAUUUAACAAAAUACACAGCUUACUAAGAUCCCUGUGUAGUAUGGCUGCUCUUUGGACAUAAACAUUCAUGAGAAGAAUUGGUGUGUGGACAGUCUCUAAAAUCAGUUUUUAAAUACUUACCUGUUCAAUCUAAGCCAAAAAAGGGCCAAAAGAACCUUUUUCCAAAUUUGAGGGUUUGUGUUUAUGUAAAAUAAGCAAAAAUUCUCUAAACAUAGCCCAGGGACUCAAGUUGUUAUGAAUAGUUACCCUGUCUUAUUGCCUGUUCUUCAUUGCCAUCUAUGGGAAAUACUAAAGUGAUAAAUCUUAGGCCUCUUCAUUAUUUAAAAAUACCAUUCAAAGGAAAAUCUCACAUCUUAAAAAUAGCCUUGUAAGCUGUAUAAAACCUUAAGGUCACCCUAAAAUAGUAGCCAACUUAUCAUUUAUUAAUUUUAAAGCUGGAAGGGUCCUACAACCAGAACUGAACUUCCUCCUUCAUUAGCAUAAUGAAGGAAAGCCAACCUGAGGCAGCACCAAUUCAGAAUCCAGACAACUGCUUCCUCCUACACUGACUCCCUCUCCUUUUCCCUGUUCCAAAGGCCACUACCACCCGCUUUUUGUUGUUGUUUUGUUUUUUUUGUUAAUCCUCAACUG